AUGCCAGAAUAUCAAGAUUUUCUAAUAAAAGCUGGUAAUGAAGCUAUCAAAUUAAAUCCACCAACUGGUGCAGAUUUCCAUUUAACUGCCCGUGGUUCAGAUUGGUUAUGGGCUGCCUUCUGUAUCUUUACAUUCUUCGCAAUGGUUUUAAUCGUAUUAAUGUUUAGAAAACCUGUAAAUGAAAGAUUAUUCUAUUAUACCGGUAUCGCUCCAACUUUAUUCAUGGCUAUCACUUAUUUCACAAUGGCUUCCAAUUUAGGUUGGACCCCAAUUAGAGCUAAAUAUAACCAUGUUAGAACAAGUACACAAAAGGAACAUCCAGGUUACAGACAAAUCUUCUACAGUAGAGAAGUCGGUUGGUUCUUAGCCUUCCCAUGGCCAAUUAUUCAAGCUUCCUUGUUAGGUGGUACUCCAUUAUGGCAAAUGGCUUUCAACAUUGGUCUAACUGAAUUCUACGUCGUCUGUUUCUUAAUCGCUGGUUUGGUUCACUCCACUUAUAAAUGGGGUUAUUACACUUUCGGUAUCGCUGCUAUCAUUGUCGUGACUAUUAGUGUCUUCACCACUACUAAGAAUUUAGUUGCUAAGAAGGGUAAGGAUAUGUUGUUGACUUUCAACAUCUUCUUCGGUAUUCAAGUCUUCCUAUGGUUGAUCUAUCCAGUUGCUUUCGGUAUUUCUGAAGGUGGUAACGUCUUACAAACAGAUUCUGAAAUGAUCUUCUACGGUAUCUUGGAUGUUUUGAUGCUAGGUGUCAUCCCAGUGUUAUUCGUCCCAAUUGCUUCCAACUUCGGUAUGGACAGAAUGGGCUACACUUUCAAAGAUGAAGAAUCUCACGGUGCCCCACAUCCAGCCGCUUUAUCAAAGGAUCAUAGCGAAAGUAGUUUAGAUUCAGAAAAAUCUAGCUCACCAUUAGAAAAGGCCAAGUCUAAGUUAAAGAAGCCAAAGAAGGAAAAGAAGGCUAAGAAGGUUAAGAAGGCUAAGAAGUCUAAGAAAUAG